AUUUGUCAAAAUAGAGAAGUAUCAAAUAAAGUUGGAUAUUUCUUACACCAGGGGUGUCCAACCCUUUUGACUUGAGCUGCCUUGCGCUAAAAAAAUUUUGGCUGGGUGCUGGAAGCCGACUGCAUGUAAAUUAACUAGCCUAUAUGUAUGUGUACAUAUGUAUUUACAUAUAUAUGUACAUUGUGAAUGUAUAUAUAUGUUUUGUAUUUUUCCCAUCAUGCUUUGCAGGGAAUUUAAAUGUGUAAUUGUUGUUGGAUUUGAUUUUUUAACACAUAUACAAAGUUCAGUGAGCAGGUUGUGUUAUGUGUGACCAUGUGUGUUACUUUAUUUGCGCCUUGAGUUGGAAAGGUUUUUGGAUUGGGUCAUAUAUAAAACUGCUGUGCUGUGCACACUUCAAAAUGCAAUUUUUGGUAAAUAACCUGAAUUACUCACGUUGUCCACAGGAUGUUGGCAAACUUGAGGAAGUCAAAAUGUCAAGAGUCCUUGAUUAGCGUCUCACAUCUCGCAGGGCCAAACCGGAAAUGCCAGGGUUUGGACACCUCUGACCUACACACAUUAGAAAAGUAUUAGAAAAUAUCCAGGAACAAAUGUGUCCGCAUUGUUCAAUUUAUUGUCUCAUUAACUUAACUUCAUGAAUUAUUGUGGUCACCAAAUAAACAACUACCAUUCCACUUCAACUUAAAGACAGUAUAAGUCCAUUGCAGACGGUUAGUAAUAAAUAGGUUAGUGUUUUUCAGAACUACCAUUGUUCUGACUCAAUUUAUCAAACCUUUUAGAACAUUGGACACCACAAAAUAAAAGUAGGAUUUCUGCUGUUAACAUGUCGGCCCAUACUCAAGGCUCCAAUAUAUUAGUGGUGAAAAAUGAUGGCCAUAUUACUCCUGAAUACUUUGCGUCUUCAGUCACCUCUUUAGACACAUUUAUGGUUAUGUUGGCCCCUGAACUGAGUCUUAGGUUCAUUGAAAGUGUGAUCAUGCAGUAACCAAUCAUAACUCACUUAAUUAUUGCUGACUAGGAGUUGUUAUGGAGAGACAGCAGCUGCCAGGAUCAUCAUGUCUACAGUCAUAGGCGCCAUGGGUGCUAGGGCCCCGAAGCACCCAAGGACAAUGUCGAGCACCCACGUGGGAUUGAUGGCAAAUUCUUUCUCACCACCAAGCACACACUGAGCACCCACUGGCAGAAAUGUAGAUCGGCGCCUAUGUCUACAGUACAUACCUGCACCGAAUGGAAAGGGGUGUGUCUUUCUUCAACACCUGUGCUGGGGGGAGGAGUCUCACACGUCAAGUUCCCUGCACAUUUAGUGAGUGUCGAUAUUUGACAGUCAUCACUAUGCACGCAGGCUGCUCUCUGUGGGGCAUCCAGCUGGUGGCCACCGGCGUGCAGCUGGGGAACUCCUUCUUCCUGACCGUGCUGCCCAUGGUGUUGAGGGAGCGCCACAUGGCGGCCACCAACUCCACGCGGACGGAGGACGGCUGGCAGGUCUCCGUGUCGGGCUUCUUCGUGACCUACAGGGUCCUGAGUCAGCUGGUCCCCGUCCUGCCGGGCCUCCUGCUGGCGUGGCUCGGCGACGGGGGCUGGAGGAGGAGUCUGUUGGUGGUCCCCCUGCUGGGCCUGCUGCUGUCCAGGCUGGCAGUGCUGCUCAUGCUGGUUCUGGACUGGCCUCUGCAGGUGUUGUGGGUGGAGGUGGUACUCACUGGACUGUGUGGAGGUUCCACUGUGUUCUGCAGCGGCAUCAUGACCCUCUUGUCUUUGAGCUCUGCAGGACAGGACCGCUCCAAACUCUUGAUGAGAGUGGAGCUCAUCAGUGGACUGUCUGGUGUGGUCGGCUGCAUGACAGCGGGACAUUUGUACGACGUCUGUGGUCCCACCCUCGGACCAGGAGUCCUUAUCCUCAUGCUGUGUUUGCUGCUUCACGCCCUCUGCUUGUUCUACACCCUCUUCUUCCUGCAGGUGGGAGAGUGGCGUGACAACGAGCGUGUGCACACGCUGAACAGGAGCAGCCCAUCAACACGUCCACACAAAGUCGUAGACAUCGCACUUCUGUGGGUGGCAGGAAUGGUCUACAACGCCGUGGACUCCUCCACCAGAAACAUUCUGGUCCUGUUCCAGCUGAUGGACCCUCUCCACUGGAACGUGACCCAGGUGGGCUAUGGAAAUGCGUCCGGCUUCCUUGUGACGCUCUCGAGCUUCCUGAGUACUGUGAUCUUAUCUCGAUGGUUCAACGAUCGCACGCUCAUCACCUUAGGCCUCGUCUCCAACGCAGCCGGCAUGCUUCUCAUGGCCUUCGUCACCACCACGUACACUUUCUUCUUGGCUCGCGCGUUGACACUCUUCUCUCUGAUGCCCGUCGCCCUGAUCUCAUCUCUGCUGUCCCAGAAGGUGCACGUUUCUUCAUAUGGUAAAGUCCUCACUUCGCUGCAGCUUUCUCUGAAAGUGUCCAGUGCAGGUUCCAACUUGCUCUACGCCAAAAUAUACCAGCAGACUCUCACUUGGUUUCCUGGUCUGGUGCUAAUAGUGUCCAGCAUUUUGUCCAUUGUGGCCAUCGUACCUAUAAGGAUAUUUGACAGCAGACUGACUGCCGGGUGCAGCUAUCGGGUCCUCGCAGACCAAAACGAGGAAGAUGACGUCUUCGUCCUGACUGAAGACCCCGGUGAGGACAAAGUCUUGCGCGAGGAGUCGGUGGCAAUGAGGCACACUUUGGUCCUCCUGCUCGCCUGUUUGGCUGCGUGUGGCGCUCAGGGGGCCUCAGAGUUCAAGAUAUGUGCCUUCAACCUUCAGCACUUUGGGGAAUCCAAAGCUGGGAAUGACGACGUCAUGCACACACUGGCCAAGAUCAUCAGUCGGUGCGAUGUGAGUCUGCUUCAGGAAGUGAGAGACAGCAAACAAAGAGCUAUACCCAUGUUGCUUGAGCGUCUUAACAAGUUUGAUAUUCAUCACCAGUAUGACGCUGUGGCGAGUGAGAGACUUGGUAGAUCGGAAACCUAUCAGGAGCAAUAUGUGUUUGUCUACAGGGUCGAUACGGUCAGGGUGACCGGUAAGUAUCAGUACCCUGACAGCAGGCCGGGAGACGUGGACGCAUUCUCCAGAGAACCCUUUGUUGUCCGCUUCAAAGCUCCAAAGACAGCCAUCAAGGAGUUUGUCCUCAUCCCACAACACACCAGUCCAACCAACACCAGUAAGGAGCUGGAGGCACUUUACGAUGUCUUACAACAUGUGAAGAAGAUGUGGAAAACUGAGAACGUAAUGCUUCUUGGGGAUUUCAACGCUGAUUGCAACUACCUCUCCAAGAGGAGGCGUGAGAAACUGCGCUUGUUCACAGAAAAGGAUCUGUCCUGGCUGAUAAAGGAUAAGACGGACACCACUGUCCGUUCAACCACCUCAUGUGCUUAUGACAGGAUCCUUGUGAACGGUGAUGCAUUUUCCAAAGCAGUUGUGCCAUUUUCUGCCAAGCCGUUUAAUUUCCAGUUGGAAUAUCAACUCACAGAAGACGAGGCACUCAAGGUCAGUGAUCAUUACCCCGUCGAGGUCCUGCUGAGGAACGCAGCGUCAAAAGUGUCCUGCAGCCUCUCCGUCAUCUUGCUGCUACUUUUCAUCUCCAGGUGAAACCAGUCUGGACUGGACUGGACUCCUGUGACACAGGUGGUGUCGUAUUUAGACUUCAACUUUGCAGAAGUCUCUUGUGCAUUCACUUCAAAGCUAGAACUAGGCCUGGGCGAUUUAUCGAUUAACUCAAGUUUUUGUUUUUUUUGGCGGAGGAUCUAAAAAAAUUUUUAAACUAUCUUUUUUUUCUUUUCUUGUUCUAGCAUACUUUUUGACCACAGGAGCUUCCUCUCCCUUCAUUUCCUUAGCGCACAUUCACAAACAGCAACAACAUGGCUAAUGCUAACGCCAACUAGUUCCAAAGAAAGGAAACAUGUAGUCAGUGGUUUGGAUUUGUGACUAAGGUGGUAAAAGUAAAAAGUGCCACAACGUGAACUAAACAGCAGCUUUAUUGUAGAAGCUCAAAUACUCUGCUGCUUACUGUGCAGCUAGGCCUUCAUCUUUAGCACAAUGAACAGUGGAGUAGAUGCUCUGAUUACCUUUGCGGCCAAGUCUGGGCUGGAAGUCUUUGAAAUCAGUGUCUUGUCUUGCGAGUCGGUAGCUCUGCUAGCAUUAGCAUCCCUAGCUCCCACAUUGCCCGCUUGAGUGUCUUCAUGCCGUCACAACAGGUGAGUACUAAGAUUAGUCGUGCUGCCGCUUUCCAAACAUUACAAAUGGCCAUACUUUUAUCCAACUGACCAUUCUUUUAAAAAAUACAAACAUUUACCUCACUUUAGAUUUAAGAUUCGGGAGUGCUAUGUUUGUAAACUCUUCCGGUGCUGUCUGCCAUGUCACUCUGUGGUCAGUUGCAAACGAGAACGUUACUCUCGUUUUACGUCACUACAGAAGUCUCGUAAAAUUAAAGCGGCCAUAUUUAGUAGCAGAGCUCCAAUCAACCAAUUCAUGACUUUCCAACCGGACAUGGACUGAUCCAUACUAGAUAUAGAUCGACCCAGCGGCUCGCCAAACAAUGUAUUCAUAUCUCUAAAGUUAAAAUCGGUUUUCCAUUUGUACCGAUUAAUUUUUAUACCCCUACCCAUACUUGCCAACCCUCCCGAUUUUCCCGGGAGACUCCCGAAUUUCAGUGCCCCUCCCGAAAAUCUCCCGGGGCAACCAUUCUCCCGAAUUUCUCCCAAUUUCCACCAGGACAACAAUAUUGGGGACGUGCCUUAAAGGCACUGUCUUUAGUGUCCUUUCUCACCAGAAAAGGAGACUAUUAUAUAUGUCUCCGUUAUCCGUAGGUUUAUCAAUAACCCAUAAAGUAGGCAGGCACGGAACUAUUUCUCAGCGUGUGUUUAUUCCAGCCGGCAGGUUAAUACACUGACACACAACAUCCGGAUUCCCAUCAUGCAUUGCUUCAAAACUACGGCAAGUAGUAAUGGCCAAAAACAUAACAGAGACGAAGCAGAAGAAUGAAGAAGAGACAUGGCGACGACAAGUAAGAAAAAGUACGCUUGCAAGUUCCAAAAUGAUUGGAAAAAAUAAUUUCAGUUCAUCCAGGACAGCUCGAAGGGGAAGGGGUAUGCUGCCUGCACAUUUUGUAGAUCAGUCUUCUCCAUUGAACACGCCGGCCGAACGGAUAUACUCAUUCAUGGGCGGCUUAUAUAUAUAUAUAUAUAUAUAUAUAUAUAUAUAUAUAUAUAUAUAUAUAUAUAUAUAUAUAUACAUAAGAAAUACUUGAAAAUAUAUACCCCCCCACUCCGCCCCUCAUUGUUAGAUGCAGAACUAUGAAAUAAGUGCCAAUGUUGGGCACUUCUGUUUACAUUAUAAUUAUAAUAAUAUCAAUGUAGGAGUUUAGUUCUUUUUAUGCAAUGUGAAAUGCUAAUAUUUUUUUAAAUGUUAUUCAAAACAGAAGUUUGCCACCCAGAGAAAACUCUUGAUUUAGUUUUUUUUUUAAUGUUUUAUACAAAGUGUAAUUUUAAUCUGUCUAAAAAAAACAUUUUAUAAAAAUGGCUCAUGCCAUGUAUCCUGCAUUGUUUGUAUCCUUUUAACCUACUAUUUCUUUAAUAAAAAACAAAAAAGUCCGAAAAAAAUCAUGAAUCCAAUUUUUAGUCAGAAAAAAAAAAUCUGAAAUUAUAUUUUUAGGCCAUAUCGCCCAGGCCUGGCUGAAGCCUUUAUUUUUUUUUCAUAGACAUUUCGAGAAGUGAUAUCGUCAGUGUGACACAGUAUCGUAUUUGUAAAAAUAACUUUGGUUUGUUUGUACGGUAUUAGCUCACUAAAAAUAGGAAGUGAUGGGUCCAACGAUACUGAAGCAUUAUGAAACUCAAGGAGUGAUACAGUGUCCAACGAUACCUCCGUGUGUGUGUCACUUUAAGAAAAUACCACCUGACCGAUACAGUUACUGUGUUGUUUGACUGAAGUGCCAAACUGUGUUGAUCAGGAAGCUUCUUCUGGCUUGUGAGUAACAGCUCGUACGUUUGGACAUCAACUUUAAAAAUUCCAAAGUGUGGUGUCGUUUUUGAUCAUAUAUCGCCAAAUAAGAUACGUGUUCUUGGUGUGUGUUUCAUAAUACUUUCAUUAACUAUUCAUUUUAUUUGCAGGUAAAAUGUAGUGACUUUUUUGAUCCAGCAGAUGGUGCCAUUAUAAAACACCAACACAAUAUCAGUGCAGUGUCAAUAUAGCCAGUGAGUGUGCCACACGCUCACUUAGCCAUCACCAAAAGUAAGUUACCUGGUUCAAUAAUUUGAUUUGUGUACUAUUGAUUAUAAUGACAAUACACGUGUAUUUAUUGUGUUUUUACCUCACUUUUAAACUGAAUGCACUGUUUAUCACUUGUCAGCUGUUAGUAAUGUUUAACCAAAAUGUGUGCAUUAUCAAUAGGGCUGUCAAUUAUUUAGAUGAAUCACACUUUAGAAUUGUAAUUCAUCUAGAUUAAUUGCACUAAUUUGCCUAUUUGGAAUUGAUUUUUAAAAAAGACCCAAAUAUUUUCAUAUAAAUGCAAUUUUAUUGUCAUAAUGUCACAUUGGAACUUUUUUUUUAAUGUUUACUUGAAUGCAUGUCAUUUCUAUGCUAAACUCUCAUUAACAGUAUAAUGUUUUAAGUUGUUUUGAUUUUGAAGAGCAGUUGGAGUCUCUUCACUCAUCUUUGCACUGAUGUAUAACUGUACUGUAAAAAUAAGUCCGUAGAUUUGAUGGUUAAAAAAAAAAAGGCCG